AUGAGUCUUGAUCCAAACCAAAACAGACUCGAGUUCUUACUGCAUCAUGUCGAAGAUGAACCAACAAUCGUCGACUACCGCUCCCUUGCAGAAGUAAUCCAAGGCAUUGCGCAGACAGCUACUCUUAUCAAUAGAGGAAUUGACCCUUUCGACCAUUGCAAGACAUUCUACCCAUUCCUAAAGCCGUGUAUGUACUUUGCUUGGGAGGCAACCUCAUCUUGGCCGUCAUGGAUCUCUCCAGAUGAACGCACCGAGGAAAAGUUCCUCGAGAUGGAAGAGCAAGGUCGCAAAGUUUGGCUCGAGAGGUUCAGUGAGGAAUGUGAGGUUACAGAGGAAACUGCUAGAAAAGCACUUGACAUGGCGUACAACGGUCUACAAUCUGAACUUCCAGACUGGGAUGGUACUCUUGCAGGCCAAGUCGUGGUGGCAGAGAAGAUGAGCAAAGACGGAGAGUUCUCAUACUCUGCUAGUCCUAACGGUCCAAUGUCUGCCAAGUACAUGAAGAUAGCCAUGUGGUGGCGUCAGGGAAUAUUCCCAUAUCCUUAUGUGCAGCUCUAUCGCACGGCAGGAUUGAUGAUCGCCCUCGACAUAUACACCCGACUGAACCAGGGCACCGAAGCUAGAGAAUUAUUUGACAAGAUAUGCGGACGAAUUGAGGCCUGCGAGAUGAUUGAACAACUUGUUUGUUCCCGGUUGGUGUGGAGUAAAGUCAUAGUCACUCCUCAUCUGCCCAUGCUGGAAAUGCUCAACAUCCAUCCAGCCAAGGUUCGACCAGCUAUCUCUCGCGCUGUUCAAAUGGCCAAGAACCGUCUGGAAACUAGACCGAGACGUCGAUACAUGAAUCAGAACCUGAAGAAUCUGGUUCACACGAUUAGCAAGAACACCUUCGAGAACUGCCCUUACGAUGAUCUAGACGUUUAUCGUCCAUCGGACCAACCUCGACCGCGGCUCGAGAACACUGAUGGCCUUUUAAGGCCAGGGUGUUCCUCCACAGAUAUAGCCGCAUUGGAGAAACGAUUGGAGAUACCUCUCCCUGACGACUAUAAAGAAUUCCUGAGCGUGACAAACGGGCUUGAGGCGAUCUGGAACGGCCAGAAUGCCCUUCACUAUUUGGCAAAAGCUGAAGAUGUCAGUUGGCACGACCUGGACUUCCUUGAAGGGAAUGAGAUUCCUCUGCUUCGCGAUGAUGAACCUCAAUCUCAUGCUGGUAACAUGCUAUCGUGGCCCACACCAGAAACCCUGCGGUGCAUAUGUCUCUCAGGCGACCUCAACCAGCACGAAGCAAGUGCCCAUCUGUUUCUCGUAGGUCCUGAUAUUGUUCAACCAGCCAAGGAGUACUUCUUUUCCACUUACCAAGAACGAAACGAAUCUCAGCGCCGUGAACUUGACAGUCUUGUCCAAGAGACGUAUGGCAGCAUGGGUGUCUUUCAGGACUUGGAGUACGUCCUAAUGUGUUGGACAGCUUGGGAUCUUAGAUUCUACUCCUUCAAAGGGAUUCGGGACUUUUUGGAACAAAUAGCCGAGGCCUCAUUACAAAGGAACCGGCAUUGGUUGUAUGUGUUUGAGCCUCGAUACAGACGACUUGCAAAGGACGGUGAGUGA